CUCUCUCCCUCUCUCUCUCCCCCUCCUCUAGCAAUCCAAAGUGUAUCAAUACUCUUGUCACCAUUGUACUGAAGCUCACACCAAACUGGUCAAGUGUCAGGAGAAAGUUGAAUCAGCUAAAAGCUCAGCCAUUAGGAGGAAGAAAGCAGAAGAAAAAGAGAAAGAACGCCGGAGGCAGUAUAACGAACAGAAAGGUCGUCUUCUUAAAGCUCGCAAUGAGUAUCUCCUCAGGCUUGCUGCCAGUAAUGCCCGCUGCCUUCAUUUCUACAGUGUGGACCUGAUGAAUAUAAUAGAGUUUAUGGAUCAUGACUAUCACGAGUCAUUCAAGAGGUUAGCUCAAGCGUACGCUGAUGCUGAGAGGACCAGCUGCAAUCAGACCAUAGGAGCAACCAAUGGCCUCAUCAACCAGACACAAACCCUCCAUUUUGAAAACGACCUUCACUACUUCUUAUCCGAGUUCUCGUCUGUCUUCACCCAUCCUCCAGAGUUUAAUUUUGUCCCUUUUGGUGAUGAUGACGUUAUGGAGUACAAGGUUAACAUGAAGGACGUCUUUCUCAAGGCUCAGGAGGUUGUCAAGAACAUCACUGUUGAAAUUAAUAACCUUCAAGCUUCCAUUGAUGAGGAUACUAAGACAAUAGAGCACAUGUCUUCGAAGAACCUUCAGAAAUAUAAAGUUAAGUCAAUAGACGAUGCCCUGGGGGUUCUUGAGGAGGCUGGGGAGCCCAUUCCGCCAGAGAAUCCUUCAAAAACCUCAUCACUGGACAGAGGGAACCUACCACAGAGUACAAGAGGUGUAUUGGCUUUACACAACUCACAGAAAGGGAAGGAGGACACCUUCUCCUUCACACUAGGGGUAUUCUCAAGGAAGUUGUUUAGAGCUGCCCAAUUGAAUGUAUCGACUGCUAAACUAAGGAUUGUGGAUAAGAGUCUUAGCGAACAGAAAGUGCCCCCUGUCAGUGUUGAUGGUGAUUAUCGUGUUCCAAAGCUGUUUGGUGGUGACUGUCUGGAAUACAUCAUGGUACAUCUUAGUAUAACAUGUCUUCAUUCUUUUAUUUAUACAU